AUGUGUAGCAAAGGUUGGAACGGAGGUACAGAUAUACCUCUUCGUUAUGUGUUUGAAAGUCAUGACCAAACGGUAAUAAAAAUAGGUGUAAAAAACGAAGAUGUGAACACACGAAUUACAUUCGAGAACUAUGAUUCAGAGAUAAAAGAACGAAAUGCAAAAGAAGAGAAUGAAAUCUCAGUAGCAAGGGUGCGUAGUAUGCUACCUGAAGAAACAUUUACCAUAAAAUCACAAACACCAACUGGUCUCUACGAAAGAGUUGAUCAAGUAGAAGUGUUGACACAUCGCAUAAGCCGUCUGACGGAUAUUCUGAAGGAAGCUGAAUACAGGCCAUCAGUAGAAAAAAUAUCUGAACAACUGCGAAUUGUGCAGCACACUAAUGAGAAGGAUUCAAAAAUACUGCGAGAAACACUGACCAGCAAGAUAUCGACAGAAAUAACAAAUGUAAAUGAUUUGAAACGAACUAUUCCAGCACGUACCGAAGAAAUCCACUCUACUUAUUUAUAUCCCGAAAUCACUGGACAAAGCCGUUCUAGCAAACUAAAUGAUCCAGAGGUACCUGAACAAAAUGCAGACGAAGGACAGCCACAGAAGCGAGAUAUCAAGCAAGAUCAAAGUACAAGUCUUCAAACACAAUAUAACAUAGAAAAUGGACGAGAAUAUUUGAAAGAAUUGGAAGAAGUAGCUAUAGAUAUCGUUGAAAUGGAAGAAUCAAAGAAGAUAUCAUACGUCAGAGCUCUGUCCAAACCAAAACCUCUCAGCAGAGAAAAAGAAAUGGCAAUCAUCCAAGUAAUGGAAAUCCCGGAAAUACAUGAGGAUACAACUAAUAGUGGUAGGCCAGAUGAAGCGAAUAUACAAAUAUCUGAACAUGUUUCCGACAACUCCUUCAAUCACAAGCACGUUCAAAAUCAGUGGAAUGAGAAAACAUUGGUGAGUAAAAUGAUUACACUUUAUGAAACAAAGCUUGAAAAUGAAGGCAAGUCGGCAAGUGAGAAAGAUGAAAGCGAAAUUAGCGCUUCAUCGAUAACAACAGAAUCCAAUAUGAAACCCUAUCAUACCGAUACAGAUUCACAUCGUGAUAUCUCGAUUGAAAUGAGGAAACUAGAGCAUGCGGCAAGUCCUCACUAUGAGAAAAAAGUUAAAGUAGGCAUUACCGCAGUCGAGACAGAAAUUGAGCUACCAGUUGAGAUCCAUGACAAGCACGAAACCGGAGACAUCCAUGUACUGAACUCUGACAACACAGAAGAAUUAACCCCUCAUCGCCAAAUUGUUUUCGGAAAAAAUGUGACGAUCGGACCGGAAUUGUCAUUCAACGAAGCAUGCAUUUCGAAACAAAUAGACCAUAGCGAGCAUCUCUUGGCAGAAGGAAAAUUGAUCGUUUCCGAAACAAUUGAACGAGAUCAUGAUGCCCAACCUUAUGUCGGAAUGCAGGCGUUUGAAGACACUGCUGUCUCAGAAGCAGAUACAAGCUUUGAAGUCAAGGAGCGAGAUGUCACUGCAGCAGUUGCAGAUCACGAGAAACAGAUAAUUGACGGUGUUUCAGUAGACCAAACUGAAUUGGAACAGCCAGUUGAGAUUCAUGAGGAGCUUCGCAAA